CCCGCGCCGCUGCGCGAUGCAGUGUGGGGAAUGGCUGGGGUUGGCUGAAGAGCGCACAGUGGAGUUUUAAUGUCCGCCAUGUUGGCCAUGGCGUAUUGAAGAGAGCGAGCGAGAGAGGAGCGGAGCGGCACAGCCUCCCACCCUCCCGGCUGGUGUUAGUGCCCGGACGGCGGGCUCUGCGCUCCGCCCCUCAAGUCCCCGGCAGCGGUUGGCGAGUGGGGACCGAACCCCCGGUUCUCCAUGAUCCCGCUGGCCGGGGCCGUUUCCCCAGAGCGGAGAGGUAUCUGCUGCGCCUGAGAUGAGUAAACUGUCGUUUCGGGCGCGGGCGCUAGACGCCUCGAAGCCGCUGCCGGUUUUCCGCUGUGAGGAUCUGCCCGACCUGCACGAAUACGCCUCGAUAAACAGGGCCGUGCCGCAGAUGCCCACCGGAAUGGAGAAGGAAGAGGAGUCGGAACAUCAUCUUCAGCGGGCUAUUUCAGCACAGCAGGUGUAUGGCGAGAAGAGGGAUAAUAUGGUUAUACCGGUCCCAGAGGCAGAAAGUAAUAUUGCUUACUAUGAGUCUAUAUAUCCUGGGGAAUUUAAGAUGCCAAAGCAGCUCAUUCACAUACAGCCUUUUAGUUUGGAUGCUGAACAGCCUGAUUAUGAUUUGGAUUCUGAAGAUGAAGUAUUUGUGAAUAAACUGAAAAAGAAAAUGGACAUCUGCCCCUUGCAAUUUGAGGAGAUGAUUGACCGCCUAGAAAAAGGCAGUGGUCAGCAGCCAGUCAGUCUGCAGGAAGCCAAACUACUGCUAAAAGAAGAUGAUGAACUAAUUAGAGAAGUUUAUGAAUAUUGGAUUAAAAAGAGAAAAAACUGUCGAGGGCCAUCUCUUAUUCCAUCAGUAAAACAAGAGAAGCGAGAUGGUUCCAGCACAAAUGAUCCUUAUGUGGCUUUUAGAAGGCGUACUGAAAAAAUGCAGACUCGAAAAAAUCGCAAAAAUGAUGAAGCCUCUUACGAAAAAAUGCUUAAGCUGCGACGAGAUCUAAGUCGAGCUGUUACUAUUCUAGAGAUGAUAAAAAGAAGAGAAAAAAGUAAAAGAGAGCUAUUGCACUUAACACUGGAAAUUAUGGAAAAGAGGUAUAAUUUGGGCGACUACAAUGGAGAGAUCAUGUCUGAGGUUAUGGCACAGAGACAGCCAAUGAAACCUACUUAUGCCAUCCCCAUCAUCCCUAUUACUAAUAGCAGUCAAUUUAAACACCAGGAAUCAAUGGAUGUGAAGGAGUUCAAAGUUAAUAAGCAAGAUAAAGCCGAUCUUAUCCGACCGAAACGGAAAUACGAGAAGAAGCCCAAAGUCUUACCAUCGUCUGCCGCUGCUACUCCCCAACAGACGAGUCCUGCUGCACUGCCAGUCUUCAAUGCUAAAGAUCUGAAUCAGUAUGACUUUCCCAGCUCAGACGAAGAACCUCUCUCCCAGGUUUUGUCUGGCUCUUCAGAAGCUGAGGAAGACAAUGAUCCUGAUGGUCCUUUUGCUUUCCGUAGGAAAGCAGGCUGUCAGUACUAUGCUCCUCACUUAGACCAAACUGGCAACUGGCCUUGGACUAGUCCUAAAGAUGGAGGAUUAGGGGAUGUGCGAUAUAGAUACUGCUUAACUACUCUCACCGUACCCCAAAGGUGUAUUGGAUUUGCACGAAGACGGGUUGGGCGCGGUGGAAGGGUUUUACUGGACAGAGCUCAUUCAGACUAUGACAGUGUGUUUCACCAUCUGGAUUUGGAAAUGCUUUCCUCACCACAACAUUCUCCAGUCAAUCAGUUUGCCAAUACCUCAGAAACAAAUACCUCGGACAAAUCUUUCUCUAAAGACCUCAGUCAGAUACUAGUCAAUAUCAAAUCAUGUAGAUGGCGGCAUUUUAGGCCUCGGACACCAUCCCUACAUGACAGUGACAAUGAUGAACUCUCCUGUAGAAAAUUAUAUAGGAGUAUAAACCGAACAGGAACAGCACAACCUGGGACCCAGACAUGCAGUACCUCUACGCAAAGUAAAAGUAGCAGUGGUUCAGCACACUUUGCAUUUACAGCCGAACAAUACCAGCAACAUCAACAGCAACUGGCACUCAUGCAGAAACAGCAGCUUGCACAAAUUCAGCAACAGCAAGCAAAUAGUAAUUCCUCCACCAACACAUCACAGAACCUUCCACCUAACCAGCAGAAAAGUGGCUUUCGCCUGAAUAUACAGGGUUUAGAAAGAACACUACAGGGUUUUGUUUCUAAGACUUUGGAUUCUGCUAGUGCACAGUUUGCUGCUUCUGCUUUGGUGACAUCAGAACAACUGAUGGGAUUCAAGAUGAAGGAUGAUGUGGUGCUUGGAAUUGGGGUGAAUGGCGUCCUUCCAGCCUCAGGAGUAUACAAGGGCUUACACCUCAGUAGUACUACACCAACAGCGCUUGUACAUACAAGUCCAUCAACGGCAGGUUCAGCUUUGUUACAGCCUUCAAAUAUUACACAGACUUCAAGUUCCCACAGUGCA